UCCCCGCGGGCGUCACCCAGCGUCGCCGACUGCCCCAGCUCUCGGUGAAGGCGCUGGAGAACACGCAGGGCAGGUUUGGCAGCAGGAAGCCCUUCACGAAGUCCGCGUACGAGAAGGUCUCAGGCGCCUGGAUGAAGGCUACGCGGCUGGGCGCUGGUCCGCCGGCGCCAUAGACUCGGCCCCCCAGGUUCCGGAAGUGCAUCUCGGCGAAGUGACAGACCCUGUUGUCUUGGUGUAGCGCAGCCCCCUGAGAACAGAUGAGCAGCGAUGUCUGUGUCCACGCCUGGCCUUGCUCCUACUACUUGGACCUUGAGAAACGAUGGGUCUCUGGGAAGCUGUCCCUGUUGCCUCACUCACUGAAGUUUAUUGCAGAUAGAACUGGAGAGGUCCUUGUCGGUGUGCCCCUCUCCAGUGUCACUGAGAUCAGAAAGGAGUCUUCUCACUUUAUCUUCAGUGCCAUCACAGUCCUGGAGAAGGGCCAUGCCAAGCACUGGUUCAGCUCACUGCAGCCCAGUCGCAACGUUGUCUUCAACAUCAUCGAGCACUUCUGGAGGGAGCUGCUGUUGUCCCAACCAGGCUCUGCUGCCAACGUGACCUCCUCCCCCAUGACCAAGGGACAGGAACUGACUGGACUGAUGGCCAGUUCCCAGAGGCGCAUGGAAGAUACGGCCAAGGUCCUUCACCACCAGGGCAAGCAGCUGGACAGCGUCAUGAAGGACCUGGAGAAGAUAGAGUCGGACCUAGAUGUGGCUGACAGGUUGCUGACAGAACUGGAGACCCCCUCUUGGUGGCCCUUCAGCUCCAAGCUUUGGAAGACCCCCACAAAAUCAAAGCCCAGGGAAGGUGCCUCCGGAGCUGGCUGUGAGCCUUUUGGGAAGGAAGGGGUCAUCAUCAAAAUCCCUGCUAUUAUUUCCCAGAGAACAGAGUCUCAUACCAAGCCAGGAAAGCUCAUUGUCCUGGUUUCUGGUUUGGAAAUCCAGGACUCCAAUUCUCUGCUCCUGCACAGGUUUGAGAGGGAAGACGUAGAUGACAUUAAGGUCCACUCACCUUAUGAAGUCAGCAUACGCCAGCGGUUCAUUGGGAAGCCAGAUGUGACCUAUCGAGUGAUAUCUGCCAAGAUGCCAGAGGUCAUUCCCAUUUUAGAAGUGCAGUUCAGCAAGAAGGUGGAGCUAUUAGAAGAUGCCUUAGUACUUAGAGGCAGGGGCACAUCUUCACCUGCUGAGAGGAGUUGUUCUAUCUGGCAUGCAGCAUCCGGGCUGAUGGGCUGCACCGCGCACCGCAAGCUGCCCACAGGAGGCCAGGAGGGCGGGCUGCUGCAGCUACAGAGAAGCUGGCCGUUGCUCUCUGAGGGGGAAGCCCAGGAGCUGACGCAGAUCCUGAGCAAGCUGAAGGGACUGGCACUGGACACUGAGGCGGAGCUGGAACGGCAGGACGAGGCCCUGGACAACAUCACCACGACUGUGGACCGCACAACCUUGACUGUGGACAAGCAUAACUGGCGCAUGAGAAAGUUGACAUGAGCUCGAGCAUGGCUCCUCUGGGUCUCCUGGUCCUUGGUGUCCUGGGAAGCUAUUCUGGGUGCCCUGGCAGUCCAAGACCCUGCCUACGAGCCCACACCUCCCCAGGAUGGGUUACCAAGGGACAGAGUCACCACAUGCACAAGGUGUCUAGCCCACACUUCACAUGUGGGCCAAACCUUGCCCAGUCAGGGGUGUCACCGCAGCAUGACCUCCUUCCUGUCCGUGCUAAGACCCCAACGCAGUGUGGCAUUGCAUGGCCACAGCCCGAGCUGUGCAGUGUGAAUCGCAUCAUGUUACCAUCUCUUCUCCACUUUUGCAAAGCAUUAAAGAAAUGUGAGUGGGUGCUCAGUCCAAUAAAGCUUGUCCACCCAUA